AAAACAAACCGGAAGAGAGCUUGAGUUCAACUGAUUUCAUUUUCUGUCCCCCACCACCACCACCAGCGCGCCACCGUCCGUGCCAUUUCCACUGACUGCUCAAAGAUGGCGGCGGUCAACUCCGUCCGUAUCGCCGCUGCUCAGAUGACAUCCAUUAACGAUCUUGCCGCGAAUUACGCCACAUGCUCUCGCCUUGUCAAGGAAGCAGCCUCAGCUGGAGCAAAACUUCUUUGCUUCCCUGAAAAUUUCUCGUUUGUGGGUGCUAAAGAUGGGGAAAGCCUUAAAAUUGCCGAACCUUUAGAUGGCCCUGUUAUGAAAGGUUAUUGUGCUCUUGCAAAGGAGUCAAGCAUGUGGUUGUCUCUUGGAGGGUUCCAAGAAAGAGGAUCAGAUGAUGCACACUUAUGUAAUACUCAUGUUUUGAUUGAUGAUGCUGGAAAUAUCAGAAGCACUUACAGGAAGAUGCACUUGUUUGAUGUGGAUGUUCCUGGAGGUGCAGUCUAUAAAGAGAGCAGCUUUACAGAAGCAGGGAAGGAGAUAAUUGCCAUUGAUAGUCCCUUUGGGAUUUUGGGUCUUACUGUAUGCUAUGAUUUGAGGUUCCCUGAAGUUUAUCAACAGCUACGCUUCCACCAUGGAGCUCAGGUUUUGUUAGUUCCUGCAGCAUUUACAAAAGUUACAGGUGAGGCACAUUGGGAGGUUCUUCUUCGUGCACGUGCCAUAGAGACUCAAUGUUAUGUUAUAGCUGCUGCACAAGGUGGGAAACAUAGUGAGAAAAGAGAGAGUUUUGGUGAUACGUUGAUAAUCGACCCUUGGGGCAGUGUAAUUGGUCGUUUACCCGAUAAAGUGUCAACGGGAAUCACGGUUGCAGAUAUAGAUUUCUCAUUGAUCGAAUCCGUGAGAAGGAAGAUGCCAAUUUCCCAGCAUCGGAAGCCGAUUGAGUUCUGGAAACAAGUCUCUAAAUAACGGUGGUACUAUUCGUGAUCAUGAUUCAUAAAAUGAAUAGUUUGUUAAUCAUGAAUUUUAUGAAUUUUAUCUUGAUUUAGUUGAAGGGUGAAACCAUUUAGAAAAACAUUUUAUAUUUGAUUAAGUUGCUUUUGAAAGCUAGCAUUCAUUAUGACAA